AUGUUCGCAACCCAAUCCCCCCAAACCCCCUUCCGCCAAACCCACUACACCCCAGCACGACCCUCUCCGCUAGGCCAACGCACAAACACCACACCCCCAUGGACAAUGUCCCCCACGCGCAGUUUCCACAAGGGCCCUGAGUCCGGAACCCUAUUCUCCAACUCCCCAGUCACCUUCCCCCAACUCAACAUCCAGACCGAGCCAAUCGCACGACACACCCAGAACCACCACUCCCCAGUCCCCAUGCACUUCAACGCGUCAGCAUCCACCACGCCAACCUUCUCCCCGAAUACCUUCUUCGCCGGUCAACCCCCGUCUUCGCCGACUUCGCCGUCCCGCGCAAAGCCUAAAUACGAAGCGCGGUUUGCAAACACGAUUGCCAAUCCGAUGAGGAACGCGGCAGGGCUGGCGCGCUCGAAGACGCGCAGGAUGUUCCUUAAUCGCGUGCGCGAUGAGCGGGAUUCGGGGCGCUUUGAGGCGCGCGGGGAGCAGAUGAUGCAUAUGGAGCAUCUUGCUGAUCGGCGGCGGUGGGAGGAGAGUAUGGCGCGGGAUGGGGAGGGUGUUGUUGGGGGGAUGGAGAUUGGGGAGGAGGAUGAUAUGCUUCCUGAUGAUGCGGAUGCGCUUGAUGAGUUCAUUACGCAGGAAGAGGCUAUGGAGAUGGCUCUGAGGGAGACGCAGACUGGGAUUCCUGGGCGUGUGGAGCAAUUGCGCAAUGCGCCGAAUGUCCCCUUCAGUGAUGAUGAUUAUGAUGAUAUCUUUAUGGAAUUGUCGGAGCCUCAGGGCCAUCAGUCUCAGGAUAUGGAUAUGUCGUGA